AUAACAGUAUUGUAAAGAAGUUGGAAUCCAUAUUAGAUGCAGAUCCUAGUGUCGUUGAAUCAAAAAUAAUAUCGGAAACAACAUCACACUAUAACGAUCAAUCAGAAACCGGAAGGUUUCUUUUUUUUAUUAAACAUUCUUUGUUAGCCUUUACGUCAAAUUUCGAAUAUAAAAAUCCAAAAAUUUUUGAUCGUGAAAUCUCUGAGCGAACAUUUAUUGUAGAAUGUUUGUCUCCAAUAUUCAAGUCAUUCAGAAAUGCAUUUCCGGAAAUCAAGUACGAUUGGAUUGAAAAAGAAGUGGAUUCAAUUAAGAUUGCCAAUAAAAUGUUUAUGACGCAAGCUAGAUUAAGAAAGACUGGCCUUCUUGUCACCCAUUUGGUAGAUGGCAAAGAGAUUGUGGAUGUUGAGGUUUCCGGUCCACCUUAUAAUCCACAAGAAUCACAUACAGUAGGAGAUAUAAAAAAAUUGUUGAUGAUGGCAGUCUGUAAUUUGUGCUACAUAUUUGGAAAUGAUCUUAAUUGCAAGAUUGAAGAUGCAAAAAAAAAUCAAAUCAUUUAG